AAUGUCGGUGACGGAGGGGGGGAUCAAGUACCCCGAGACGACGGAGGGGGGCCGCCCCAAGCUGGGGGGCUUGAUGGACCCCCGGCAAGGAGUGAUCGAGAAGACGGGCCGGUGCCAGACGUGUGCAGGGAACAUGACCGAGUGCCCGGGCCACUUCGGCCACAUCGAGCUGGCCAAGCCCGUCUUCCAUGUGGGCUUCUUGGGGAAGACCAUGAAGGUGUUGCGCUGCGUCUGCUUCUUCUGCUCCAAACUGUUGGUGGACUCGAACAACCCGAAAAUCAAGGACAUCCUGGGCAAGUCAAAGGGGCAGCCCAAGAAGCGCCUGACCCACGUCUACGACCUUUGCAAAGGCAAGAACAUCUGUGAAGGUGGGGAGGAGAUGGACAACAAGUUCGGGGUGGAGCAGCCGGAUGGCGACGAGGACCUGACCAAAGAGAAGGGUCACGGCGGCUGCGGGCGGUACCAGCCCCGGAUCCGGCGCACCGGGCUGGAGCUCUACGCUGAGUGGAAACACGUCAACGAGGACUCGCAGGAGAAGAAAAUCUUGCUGAGCCCGGAGCGGGUGCAUGAGAUCUUCAAGCGCAUCUCGGACGAGGAGUGUUUCAUCCUGGGCAUGGAGCCCAAGUACGCCCGGCCUGAGUGGAUGAUCUGCACCGUCCUGCCCGUGCCCCCACUCUCCGUCCGGCCCGCCGUGGUCAUGCAGGGCUCGGCCAGGAACCAGGACGACCUGACCCACAAGCUGGCGGACGUGGUGAAGAUCAACAACCAGCUGCGGCGCAACGAGCAGAACGGGGCGGCCGCCCACGUCAUCGCCGAGGACGUCAAGUUGCUGCAGUUCCACGUGGCCACCAUGGUGGACAACGAGCUGCCGGGCCUGCCCCGGGCUAUGCAGAAAUCAGGGCGUCCCCUCAAGUCCCUGAAGCAGCGGCUGAAGGGGAAAGAAGGGCGCGUGCGAGGGAACCUGAUGGGGAAGCGGGUGGAUUUCUCCGCCCGGACGGUCAUCACCCCGGACCCCAACCUCUCCAUUGACCAAGUGGGGGUGCCCCGCUCCAUCGCUGCCAACAUGACCUUCGCCGAGAUCGUCACGCCCUUCAACAUCGACAGGCUCCAGGAGCUGGUACGCAGGGGUAACAGCCAGUACCCGGGAGCCAAGUACAUCAUCCGAGACAAUGGUGACCGCAUCGACCUGCGCUUCCACCCCAAGCCCAGCGACCUCCACCUGCAAAUCGGCUACAAGGUGGAGCGGCACAUGUGCGACGGGGACAUUGUGAUCUUCAACCGCCAGCCCACGCUGCACAAGAUGUCCAUGAUGGGGCACCGGGUGCGCAUCCUGCCCUGGUCCACGUUCCGCCUCAACCUCAGCGUGACCACCCCCUACAACGCCGACUUCGACGGGGAUGAGAUGAACCUGCACCUGCCCCAGUCGCUGGAGACGCGGGCGGAGAUCCAGGAGCUAGCCAUGGUGCCCCGCAUGAUCGUCACCCCCCAGUCCAACCGGCCCGUCAUGGGCAUCGUGCAGGACACCCUCACCGCCGUGCGCAAAUUCACCAAGCGUGAUGUCUUCCUGGAGCGGGGCGAGGUGAUGAACCUGCUCAUGUUCCUGUCCACCUGGGAUGGCAAGGUGCCCCAGCCGGCCAUCCUCAAACCCCGCCCACUCUGGACGGGCAAACAGAUCUUCUCCCUCAUCAUCCCGGGCCACAUCAACUGCAUCCGCACCCACAGCACCCACCCCGACGACGAGGACAGCGGGCCCUACAAGCACAUCUCGCCCGGCGACACCAAGGUGAUCGUGGAGAACGGGGAGUUGAUCAUGGGCAUCCUGUGUAAGAAAUCGCUCGGCACCUCGGCGGGCUCCCUGGUCCACAUCUCCUAUCUGGAGAUGGGCCACGACACGACCCGCCUCUUCUACAGCAACAUCCAGACCGUCAUCAACAACUGGCUGCUCAUCGAGGGUCACACCAUCGGCAUUGGGGACUCCAUUGCUGAUGCGAAGACCUACCAGGACAUUCAGAACACCAUCAAGAAAGCCAAGCAGGAUGUCAUAGAGGUGAUCGAGAAGGCUCACAACAACGAGCUGGAGCCCACACCGGGCAACACGCUGCGGCAGACCUUCGAGAACCAGGUGAACCGCAUCCUGAACGAUGCCCGCGACAAGACCGGCUCCUCCGCCCAGAAGUCCCUGUCCGAGUACAACAACUUCAAAUCCAUGGUGGUGUCGGGGGCCAAGGGCUCCAAGAUCAACAUCUCCCAGGUCAUUGCCGUGGUGGGGCAGCAGAACGUGGAGGGGAAGCGCAUCCCGUUCGGGUUCAAGCACCGCACGCUGCCCCACUUCAUCAAGGACGACUACGGGCCGGAGAGCCGGGGCUUUGUGGAGAACUCCUACCUGGCCGGCCUGACGCCCACCGAGUUCUUCUUCCAUGCCAUGGGCGGGCGCGAGGGCCUCAUCGACACGGCCGUCAAGACAGCCGAGACCGGGUACAUCCAGCGGCGGCUGAUCAAAUCCAUGGAGUCGGUGAUGGUGAAAUACGAUGCCACCGUACGCAACUCCAUCAACCAGGUGGUGCAGCUGCGGUACGGCGAGGACGGGCUGGCAGGGGAGAGUGUGGAGUUCCAGAACCUGGCCACCCUCAAGCCCUCCAACAAGGCCUUUGAAAAGAAGUUCAAGUUUGACUACACCAACGAGCGGGCACUGCGGCGCACCCUGCAGGAGGAGAUGGUGAAGGACAUCCUGAGCAACGCGCACAUCCAGAAUGAGCUGGAGAGGGAGUUCGAGAAGAUGCGCGAGGACCGCGAGGUGCUGAGAGUCAUUUUCCCAACGGGCGACAGCAAGGUGGUCUUGCCCUGCAACUUGCUUCGCAUGAUCUGGAAUGCCCAGAAGAUCUUCCACAUCAACGCGCGCCUGCCCUCCGACCUGCACCCCAUCAAGGUGGUGGAAGGCGUGAAGGAUCUGAGCAGGAAGCUGGUGAUCGUGAACGGGGAUGACCCGCUGAGCCGGCAGGCCCAGGAGAACGCCACCCUCCUCUUCAACAUCCACCUGCGCUCCACGCUCUGCAGCCGGCGCAUGGUGGAGGAGUUCCGGCUCAGCGGGGAGGCCUUCGAUUGGCUGCUGGGCGAGAUAGAAUCCAAGUUCAACCAGGCCAUCGCUCACCCGGGUGAGAUGGUGGGUGCCCUGGCGGCCCAGUCGCUGGGCGAGCCCGCCACCCAGAUGACCCUGAACACCUUCCACUACGCCGGCGUCUCGGCCAAAAACGUCACACUGGGUGUGCCCCGUCUCAAGGAGCUGAUCAACAUCUCCAAGAAACCCAAGACGCCCUCCCUCACCGUCUUCCUGCUGGGGCAGUCCGCCCGGGAUGCUGAGCGGGCCAAGGAUAUCCUGUGCCGGCUGGAGCACACGACUCUGCGCAAGGUGACGGCCAACACGGCCAUCUACUACGACCCCAACCCACAGAGCACAGUGGUGGCGGAAGACCAGGAGUGGGUCAACGUCUACUACGAGAUGCCCGACUUCGAUGUGAGCCGCAUCUCACCCUGGCUGCUGCGGGUUGAGCUCGACCGCAAGCACAUGACCGACCGCAAGCUCACCAUGGAGCAGAUCGCCGAGAAGAUCAACGCCGGCUUCGGGGACGACUUGAACUGUAUCUUCAAUGACGACAACGCAGAGAAGCUGGUGCUGCGGAUCCGCAUCAUGAACAGCGACGAGAACAAGAUGCAGGAGGAGGAGGAGGUGGUGGACAAGAUGGAUGAUGAUGUUUUCCUUCGCUGCAUCGAGUCCAACAUGCUGACGGACAUGACUCUGCAGGGCAUUGAGCAAAUCAGCAAGGUGUACAUGCACCUGCCCCAGACUGACAACAAGAAGAAGAUCAUUAUCACAGAGGAUGGGGAGUUCAAGGCCCUGCAGGAGUGGAUCCUGGAGACGGACGGGGUCAGCCUCAUGCGGGUGCUGAGCGAGAAGGACGUGGACCCCGUGCGCACCACCUCCAAUGACAUCGUAGAGAUCUUCACCGUGCUGGGCAUCGAGGCUGUGCGCAAGGCCCUAGAGCGGGAGCUCUACCACGUCAUCUCCUUCGACGGCUCCUACGUCAACUACCGGCACCUGGCGCUGCUCUGCGACACCAUGACCUGCCGUGGGCACCUCAUGGCCAUCACCCGGCACGGGGUCAACCGCCAGGACACGGGCCCGCUCAUGAAGUGCUCCUUCGAGGAGACGGUGGAUGUGCUGAUGGAGGCGGCGGCCCACGGGGAGAGCGACCCCAUGAAGGGGGUGUCGGAGAACAUCAUGCUGGGGCAGCUGGCGCCCGCUGGCACUGGCUGCUUCGACCUGCUGCUGGACGCCGAGAAGUGCAAAUACGGCAUGGAGAUCCCCACCAACAUCCCCGGGGCUGGGCGUGGGCGUCCCCACCGGCAUGUUCUUUGGCUCGGCCCCCAGCCCCAUGGGGGGGAUGUCACCCGCCAUGACCCCCUGGAACCAGGGGGCCACCCCGGCCUACGGAGCCUGGUCCCCAAGUGUCGGCAGCGGCAUGACCCCCGGUGCGGCCGGUUUCUCCCCCCAGUGCUGCCUCCGAUGCCAGUGGCUUCAGCCCGGGCUAUUCCCCGGCGUGGUCCCCCACCCCCGGCUCGCCAGGCUCCCCGGGCCCCUCCAGCCCCUACGUCCCGUCGCCAGGUGGGGCCAUGUCUCCCAGCUACUCCCCAACGUCGCCGGCUUAUGAGCCCCGCUCGCCCGGAGGGUACACGCCCCAGAGCCCCAGCUACAGCCCGACAUCCCCCUCGUACAGCCCCACGUCCCCCCUCCUACUCUCCCACCAGCCCCAACUACAGCCCGACCAGCCCCAGCUACAGCCCCACGUCACCCAGCUACAGUCCGACCAGUCCGAGCUACAGCCCCACAUCGCCGAGCUACAGCCCAACCCAGCCCCAGCUACAGUCCAACAUCACCUAGCUAUAGUCCGACCAGCCCCAGCUACAGCCCGACAUCGCCUAGCUAUAUUCCGACUAGCCCCAGCUACAGUCCAACAUCACCUAGCUACAGUCCGACCAG